AUGGCGCAAAAUGGCAACAUAUACUCGAGGGAGCCGUUCAUGAACCCAGGCCCAGCGCCGCGACCUCCCACCGACAAGCCCCGUCUCGGCCUUACCCCCAACACCAACACCCCCGGGAACAUGUCCAACCUCCCUGGGAACAUGUCCAACCUGAACCUCCGGUCGCCUGCCCCAGGGGUAACCAGCACAUACACCGGCUCGACCAUCGCCCUUCCCAUCCAACGGCAGAUUUCAAAUAACGACGGCACCGGCGGCCUUGCUGUCAUCAAGCAGGGCUGGGCCAGUGUCAAGGAAAGCAAGAACUUCAUCAACCCUUGGAAGAACAAGUACCUGAUACUGCGAAAGGAGUCUUUGGAUUUCCACAAGGCCGAAAGCAGUAAAGUUGCCUAUACUCUCUACCUCAAGGACGUUAUCAAUGUUGGCCGUGUGGAGGCCGCAGGAACCAUUUUCGAAAUCAAGAGGCAGUCCAGCGGUGCCUCCACGAGCCCUGGUGAAGAGGAAAAUGGUAUCAGGACCCUUCAAAUCCGUGUAAAGGCCGACGACGACCUUUACGAAUGGAUUGACUUUAUUUACGCACGCUGCCCCGGCAUGGGCGGUGUCAGUAACCCUACCAACUUUUCGCAUGCCGUCCACGUUGGAUUCGAUCCCCAGACCGGCGAAUUCGUUGGCUUGCCUCCUGAGUGGUCUAAGCUGCUCAACUCUUCCGCCAUUACCCAAGAAGAUUACGAAAGGAACCCGCAGGCCGUCUUCGAAGUUCUCGAUUUCUAUUCCGACUUCAACAAGAAUGGCGGCCAAGCGCCCACUCCCAACUUUCCCGCUCCCCCAUCGAACAGCAUGCAGAGCAAGCAGCUCGGAUACCCAAGCGGCGGAAACUCCGUCGUACCUCCGCGCCCUACGCAGCCGUUGCAACAGCGUAACCCGAGCUCGAACUACCCAUCCUCGCCGCCACAGCAAGGUGGCGCCAGUUCGCGCCCAUCCCCCGAGCAGCGCCAGCAGAUGUCCCCGAACUACAGCACUGAGCGCGCGAGAGAGGAGCAGAGGCGUGAAUUGGAGCGCCAACAGAGAGAGAUGGAGGAGCGGGAUCGCCGGGACCAGGAGGCUUAUAAUGCAUCCCUCCCCAAGACGAAGACUCCCAUGGCUCAGCAGGAGAUUGGUGGCGGUGGUGGUUACGGUGGUGCGGAUCGCUUCAAUCCUACACGCGCCGCUCCACCAGCGCCCAAGGGCUUGCAGCAAGCGCCGAGUCUCAAAGCUCAAAGACCUGCGCCUCCUCCACCAAGUUCCAGUUCGAGCCGCCCGCCCAUCGCACAGCAGUCCAGUUCCAGCUCACAGCGGGAUCUUGCCCAGGCGCAAGCGCAAAGACGGGCUGAGCAACAAGCCCAGGCGCAACGGUACCAGAACAAUGGCCAGGCCCCGCCACGACCACCUCACCCAUCGGCCAACCAGCCAUCCAAGAUUCCUACGACCGUCAAGCCGCUUAACGUUGGUAAUAAGCAACCUCAGGAUGGUGUCAAGGCCGCCGAAGCUGCUCUUACGUCUAAGCCUGCUGCCUCCGAGCGCUCCAAGGAUGUUCGCAUGUCGACCAUGUCGGAGAAGGAGGUCAUGCAGAAGCUUAGGGAGGUUGUCUCUCACGACGACCCCGAAGCCAAGUAUUCCAAGCAGAAGAAGAUUGGACAGGGUGCCUCUGGCUCCGUGUACGUCGCCAAGAUCAGAGAGAGACCCGGCCAGGAUCCCAACACUGCCAGGAGACGCGGCCAGGUUGCUAUCAAGCAGAUGGAUCUUGCGCACCAGCCGCGCAAGGAGCUGAUUGUGAACGAAAUCAUGGUCAUGAAGGACAGCAGUCACCCCAACAUUGUCAACUUUGUCGAAGCUUUCUUGAAGAAUAAGGACCAGGAGCUCUGGGUCGUCAUGGAGUACAUGGAGGGCGGUGCCUUGACUGAUGUCAUUGAGAACAACCCCGUCAUCACGGAGGAGCAGAUUUCUACCAUUUGUUUGGAGACAUGCCGCGGUCUUGAACAUCUCCACGAAAGGAACAUUAUCCAUCGUGACAUUAAGAGUGACAACGUCCUCUUGGAUGCCCGUGGUAACGUGAAGAUUACCGAUUUCGGUUUCUGUGCCAAGUUGACCGAAGCCAAGUCCAAGCGCGCCACCAUGGUUGGCACGCCAUACUGGAUGGCUCCCGAGGUCGUCAAGCAGAAGGAAUACGGCCCCAAGGUCGACAUCUGGUCGCUCGGUAUCAUGGCCAUUGAGCUGAUCGAGUCGGAGCCUCCUUACCUGAAUGAGGAGCCGCUUAAGGCCCUCUACCUCAUCGCCACCAACGGCACUCCCAGGCUGAAGAAACCCGAGAAGCUCAGUAAGGAGCUGAAAGCUUUCUUGUCGGUGUGUCUCUGCGUGGAUGUCAAGAGCCGUGCGUCGGCGAUGGAGCUUCUUGAACACGAUUUCUUGAAGCACGGAUGCCCCUUGAGCAGCUUGGCGGAAUUGCUCGCCUUUAAGAGGUCGGCGAAAUAA